UCCGGGCACCGCUGGAAUUCUGCCCUGCAGUGACUCUCCGUCGGGCUGGUGGCCAGCGGGGAGGCACAGCUGGACUCCGGAGCCUCUGGAAUCGCAGCACCAUGGAAUGCCCGGGGCUGGAAGGGCCCCGCUGACCCCGCUCUGUGUCCCCCCAGGGCCGCCGUCCCCACGCGCCCGUAGAGGCUCCGCAGGACCCCGCGCAGGAUGGGAGGCGCCGCUGGAUUCAUCCACACUUCUCUGGCCGUCGGCACCUUCCUGGUUUGGUGCCAAGCCCAGAGCGGCACGAGGAGCUACGGGCCGGUGUUCGAGGAGCAGCCGUCCCACACGCUCUUCCCUGAGGGCUCGGCAGAAGAAAAGGUCACCCUGUCGUGCCGGGCACGGGCCAAACCUCCCGCCACCUACAGGUGGAAGAUGAACGGCACGGAGCUAAAGCUGGAGCCGGAUUCCCGCUACAGGCUGGUGGCCGGGGAUUUGGUGAUCAGCAACCCCGUGAAAGCCAAGGAUUCCGGCUCCUACCAGUGUGUGGCAUCCAAUUCCAGGGGCACCGUGGUGAGCAGGGAAGCCUCGCUCCGCUUUGGCUUUUUGCAGGAAUUCUCGGCGGAAGAGCGGGACCCCGUGAAGAUCACUGAGGGCUGGGGGGUGAUGUUCACCUGCAGCCCCCCGCCCCACUACCCAGGUUUAUCCUACCGGUGGCUCCUGAACGAAUUCCCCAAUUUCAUCCCGGCUGAUGGGAGACGUUUCAUCUCCCAGACCACGGGCAACCUUUACAUCGCCAAGACAGAGGCGUCAGACCUGGGCAACUACUCCUGCUUUGCCACGAGCCACAUGGACUUCAUCACCAAGAGCGUCUUCAGCAAGUUCUCCCGCCUCAGCCUGGCUGCGGAGGAUGCCCGGCAGUUCGCACCCAGCAUCAAGGCCAGGUUCCCUGCGGACACCUAUGCUCUGACGGGGCAGGCGGUGACCCUGGAGUGCUUCGCCUUUGGAAACCCCGUUCCCCGGAUCAAGUGGAGGAAGCUGGAUGGGCCACAGUCCUCCAAGUGGAUCGGCAGCGAGCCCCUGCUGCAGAUCCAGCACGUGGGAUUUCAGGAUGAGGGGACGUACGAGUGUGAGGCGGAGAACGCCAAAGGGAGGGACACCCAUCAGGGCCGCAUCAUCAUCCACGCCCAGCCCGACUGGCUGGAUGUGAUCUCGGACACGGAGGCCGACAUCGGGUCCGACCUGCGCUGGAGCUGCGUGGCCUCCGGCAAACCCCGGCCCACGGUGCGGUGGCUGCGGGAUGGGCAGCCCCUGACGUCCCAGAACCGCAUCGAAGUGAGCGGUGGAGAGCUGAGAUUUUCCAAGCUAGUCCUGGAAGACUCUGGCAUGUAUCAGUGUGUGGCUGAGAACAAGCAUGGCACAGUUUAUGCAAGCGCUGAAUUAACAGUGCAAGUCUUAGCUCCAGAUUUUAGACUAAAUCCUGUGAAGCGGCUGAUCCCGGCAGCCCGGAGCGGGAAGGUCAUCAUCCCGUGCCAGCCACGAGCAGCACCGAAAGCCACUGUGCUCUGGACCAAAGGGACAGAACUCCUGGUCAACAGUAGCAGGGUGACGAUUACGGCAGACGGGACCUUGAUCCUGCAGAACAUCAGCAAAUCCGAUGAGGGGAAAUACACCUGCUUUGCCGAGAACUUCAUGGGCAAAGCCAACAGCACUGGAAUCCUCUCUGUCCGAGAUGCCACCAAGAUCACGCUGGCACCAUCCAGUGCUGACAUCAACGUGGGCGAGAACCUCACCCUGCAGUGCCACGCGUCCCACGACCCCACCAUGGACCUCACCUUCACCUGGUCCCUGGAUGAUUUCCCCAUCGACUUUGACAAGUCCGAGGGGCACUACCGGCGAGCCAGCACGAAGGAGGCCAUCGGGGACCUCAGCAUCUCCAACGCGCAGCUGCGGCACUCGGGGCGUUACACCUGCACGGCCCAGACUGUGGUGGACAGCGCGUCCGAGUCAGCCACGCUCACUGUCAGAGGACCUCCAGGCCCGCCCGGGGGGGUGGUGGUGAGGGACAUCGGUGACACCAGCGUCCAGCUGAGCUGGAGCCGCGGCUUCGACAACCACAGCCCCAUCGCCAGGUACCUCAUCGAGGCCCGGACCCUCCUGUCCAGCCAGUGGAAGCAGAUGCGCACCAAUCCCGUAAACAUCGAGGGCAACGCGGAGACGGCGCAGGUGGUGAACCUCAUCCCGUGGAUGGAUUACGAGUUCCGGGUCUUGGCCAGCAACAUCCUGGGAAUCGGGGAGCCCAGUCUGCCCUCCAGCAAAAUCCAGACCAAGGAAGCAGCACCGACGGUGGCACCGUCUGGGCUCGGCGGCGGCGGAGGUGCUCCCAACGAGCUCAUCAUCACCUGGACGCCGAUGCUGCGGGACUACCAGAACGGGGAUGGCUUUGGGUACAUCGUGUCCUUCCGGAGGAAGGGCAGCCAGGACUGGCUGAGGGCGCGGGUGCCGCACGCGGAGUCGCUGCACUUCGUGUACCGCAACGAGAGCAUCGCGCCCUACACCCCCUUCGAGGUGAAGAUCAAGGCCUACAACAGGAAAGGGGAGGGCCCCGAGAGCCUCACGGCCAUCGUGUACUCGGCAGAGGAAGAACCCAAAGUGGCUCCUUACAGGGUCAUUGCCAAGUCUGUCCUGUCCUCGGAGAUGGAUGUAUCCUGGGAGCCCGUGGAGCAGGGAGAAGUGACCGGAGUGCUUUUGGGAUAUGAGAUCCGGUACUGGAAGGAUGGGGACAAGGAGGAGGCGGCCGACAGAGUGAGGACGGCGGGGUUGGUGACAUCGGCUCACGUCACCGGCCUGAACCCCAACACCAACUACCACGUGUCAGUCCGAGCCUACAACCGGGCAGGCACCGGCCCCCCCAGCCCCUCCACCAACGUCACCACCACGAGACCUCCACCAAAAAGGCCACCUGGGAACAUCUCCUGGACUUUUUCUGGCUCCACAGUCAGCAUCAAGUGGGACCCUGUGGUGGCCGAGGCAGACGAGUCGGCAGUGACGGGGUACAAGAUGCUCUACAGGCAGGAUUCCCACUCGGCCCCCACCCUGUACCUGGCCAGCAAGAGCCGGAUCGACAUCCCCAUCCCUGAGGAUUUCACCCACGCCUUUGUCCAGAUCCGGGUGACCGGACCCGGCGGGGACGGGACCCCAGCAGAAGUUCACAUCCUCCGGAACAGCGGGACGAGCAUGAUGGUGGAGGACUCAGGGACGAGGCCGGUGCCACAUGCCGUGGUCAUCACCACCAACUCCCUGCUGAUGGUGGCCCUGAUCAGCUCCCUGGAGCUCUGACCGCGCGCCGGACACGGCUCCGGACACGCUUCCUCCCGAUCCCGCGGGAGCAAUGCAACGUUUGGCAAAUCCCACUUCGGAUCGGGGCAGCACCGCGGGGAGAGGAUUUGACCUCGUGGUUGGAAGGAAGAAAUAAAAAUCAGCUUUUUUUGUUUGGGUUUUUUUUGGUUUGGAGGAACAAAAGCUUUCGUACAAGACAUGGGUCUUUAACCGAUUAAAAGUUUUUUAAGGAAAACGAGGAAAAGGAAAAAUUUUCCGGGAAUUCUGCAGCCAACUGCCCCCUCCCCCCACUGUAUCCAUAGGUUUUUCUGCCUUAUCAAGCCAUGUAUGAGAUAACCAGACUGCGAAAUUUGACUUUUUUUUUAACUCUGUACAGUGAAUUCCAGGGGGGACGGGGACUGAGGAGUUCAGGGAGCAGCAGCGUGUUCCACACCCACCCCAGCACAGCCAGCUCGGAGCAUUUCUGGGACAGGAUCGAUCCCUUUUCCCACAAAAAAGAGCCAAAUCCUGCAGGAACCAGCCCAAGGAGACAAAGCCACAGGAGGAUCGAGCUCUGCCCCAGCCUGAGAAGCUUUUUUUACACCUCUGGUGUUCACUUGUCUGAGCGGUGAGGUGCACAUUCCGUGUUUUCCCGUGUCCCACGUGCUUUUGGGGUGGAUUUGUCACCCUGUUUGCUUCUUCCUUUUCCAUUUGGGGAGAAGGGGAAAUGGAAAAGGGGAUACUUUUCCAGAAUCCCGAAUUCGGGCAGCUCUGCCUAAAAACAGAGGUGUCCAUAAAUCCAAUUUCAGAGGGGCUUCAAGAAGGAAUUUUUAAAAAACGACAAAAUUAAAACAAAAACUGGAGACUCGAGGAAGCCACCGCUACAACGACGAGGAAAAUUCGGACUUGGAUUCACCUCCCUGCACUGAGAAUUCAUCCAGCCAAACUUCCAGGCUUGGAUUGGGGCUGCAGAGGUUGAGAUCCAGCCAGGAAGCAGCUCUGGAUUCCAGCUCUGAGGCUCAAUGGCUGCCGGACAUCCCAAGGAAGAAGUGGGAUGCUGAGAAGCCCCCCUGCUCUCCAGAGGCUGGGAAAAGCAGGAAUGCUGAGCUGACACUCACAGGACUGGUUGGGAAUCGAUGUUGGGAUUGAAAUCUCUGUCUCCCAGUAAAGCAGUUGACCAAAGUUAA